AUGAGUUCGGAGAAAAACGCAACUACGCCAACCCCGGUGUUGUGCGAGAACAACUGCGGGUUUUACGGGAACCCCGCGAACAACAACUUGUGCUCAAAAUGUUACCGAGAGUUCCAAGAAAAGAAAAAAAAAGAAAUAUCGGAGAUGGAGAAAAUAAACGAAAAAGACAUCACAGAAAAUUUGCCUAAUUAUAAAAAAAUAAAUAGCCUAAUGGAGCCAAGUUAUAUAAGCAAUAAAAAGAUGGAAACGGAGAAACCGAUUUUUAUGAACAAUGAAAAUGUUAUACCUGAGGAGGAGCAGCACCAGCAGCAACCCCUCUGCUCUGACUUAAACAUAAACAGUGUCGAAAAGGACAACAAGGAUAAUAAUGACAGUAACCAAAACGCAAGCGCAAGUAGUUGUAUUAACCCUGUUGCGAACGAGACAAAUGAUCAGAGCAGCAGUAGCAACGUGGAUGAAGCUGAGGACAAGAAGAAAUGCUUCUUCUGUUGCAAACGUAUAGGCCUGUUGGGAAUUAAAUGCAGAUGCAACCACUACUUCUGCUCUGUUCACAGAUAUGCCGAUGCACAUAACUGCACAUUUGAUUAUAAAAAUUAUCACAAGCAACAGUUAAUAAAAAAUAACGUCAAGGUAGUUGCGGACAAGGUGAAGAAAAUAUAA